CUGCAUAUUUACUCCGCAUCCACGGUGAGGACCAAUGCUACCAUAAUGCAGCACACAUCACAUGGCCUGUUGCAGGUCCUCACGAUCUUUUCCUUUGUGCUUGUCGUAGCCUUCCUCCUUCUCUACACCCACACGGUGCCCUCAGACGUCAUGAAUCGCUACAUCACACUGACGAGCGUUUUGCUCUUCACCUCCCUCAGCUUCGGGCAGACGACCACAUCGACCGCCGGUCCGCCGACAUAUACAAAUCCCAUCUUGAAUGGCGUCGGAGCUGACCCCUGGGUCACUCGUCAUGAGGACUACUACUACAUGACAUAUUCGACCAACGACAACAUUACCAUUCUCCGCAGCAGCGUCCUCACAGACUGGAACAAUGCCGACGUCAAACUCGCCUUCUCACCACCUGUCAACACUUCGUAUAGCUACGACCUAUGGGCUCCUGAGCUCCAUCAGAUCAAUGGGCUGUGGUAUGUGAUCUUCACCGCGGACGUCGACGCCGACUCGCCGUCUCCCAACCAAGACAUGCUCUGCGACUUCACCUGUCCGGCAGUAAACCACCGGAUGUUCGUCCUCGAAUCGAGCACUUCCGAUCCCUGGGAGUCGGAUUACAAUAUCAAGUCCGAGCUCGACACGUACGACCAAUUCGCCAUUGACGGAACAUACUUCAACCACUCAACGGGAUUGUACCAUGUCUACUCAUGCUGGGAAGCACAGUACAUUUCGUGGCCAAGCAUGCUUUGCAUAUCGAAGAUGUCGGACCCCUGGACAGUCUCCUCGCCUCUUAGCGAGCGCGCGGUGAUCUCCCGACCUGAUCAACCCUGGGAGAAAACGCCGUACAAUCGUACCGUCAACGUUCGGCUGUCCUCCAACGAAGGACCAGAGCAGCUCGUCAAUCCGAUCACGGGACAGCAGUUCAUCAUAUACUCUGCCGCCCGUAGCGAUAAUCGAAAUUACUGUCUUGGCCAGCUUGAGCUUGUGGGUGACGAUCCGAUGGACCCGAGUUCCUGGCAGAAAUACACUGCUGGUUGUGUGUUCUACCAGAAUCCAGAUGCAGAAGUGUACGGUGUGGGUCAUGCGAGUUUCACCACCAGUCCGGAUGGGACGCAGGAUUGGCUCGUGUACCAUGGUAUGCAUGACUACUUGACUGGAUGGUCGGCGAGGACGAUACGUACGCAGCAGUUUACGUGGAACAGCGAUGGGACGCCGAACUUUCCGAGACCUGGGAUUGGGCCUUACGCUGUGCCGAGUGGACAGACAGGGUCGGGUUCGAGUGCAACUUUGAGUUCCACAGGAGGGAGUUCUAGUUCGGCUGGCGUAAGUAGUAGUGGCGCCGUAGGAGGGUCGACCUCCACAGUGUUGCAAGGCUUGCCCACAGCUUCAGCGUCGUGGGGAGCGUGGUGGCCGACGUACUCAAGUACGUGGCAGACUACAUGGUCGUGAAACCCCAAUAAAAUAGCAGAAUAGUAGAAGCUGAUAGCGGAUUAAUGGUAAAAUGUUCGACGCAGC